CUUCCUCUGGAUUUUUUUCAUGCAUACACACACACACAUGCACGUGCGCACACACACCUUGAGGGUUGAGGAGCUGCUGAGAGUCUGGAGUCUCCGCUCCGCAUCCACAGUCUGAGUGUGUGUGUGUGUGUGUGUGUGAGAGAGAGAGAGAGAGUGUGUGUGUGAGAGUGAGUGUGUGUUAUUAUGGCAGAGAGAGAAUAACAGCAGAACCCCGACUGGACUUUAGGAAAAGUGUGUGAGAGUGAGAGUGUGUGAGUGUGUGUGUGUGUGUGUGUGAGUGAUGAUGGAGCUGCAGGGCUGCAGGAGGAGAGAGUGUGUGUGGCACCGCGGUGUGUCUCUCAUCAUCACCGUGUCCGUGAUCCUGCACAGCGCAUGCGUCAGAGCAGCUGAGCCAGUGGAUGUGCUGAAGGUCUUGGACUUUCGCAGUUCUCCAGAGGGAAUAACGAAAACGCAGGGACUGUGUCCUGUGAGGAGAGGGUCCAAACCUGACGUGGCCUACAGAGUGGACAAGACGGCGCAGAUCAGCACGACGACCAAAAAACUCUUCCCAGCUGGAGUAUUUCCUGAAGAUUUCUCCAUCCUCAUGACCAUCAGGCCCAAAGCUGGAAGUCAGGCCUUCCUCUUGUCCAUCUAUGACGAUAAGGGACUGCAGCAGCUGGGCGUGGAGAUUGGACGCACGCCAAUCUUCCUGUACGAGGAUCAGAAUGGAAAACCCACGCCAGAAAAUUAUCCGUUAUUCCGGAACAUUAACCUCUCCGACGGAAAGUGGCACCGCGUGGCGAUCAGCGUGGAGAAGAAAUCCAUCACCAUGAUCGUCGACUGCAAGAAGAAAAUCUCCAAGCCUCUGGACAGAAGUAAGAGACCCGUCAUCAGCACAGACGGCAUCACGGUGUUCGGCACCAGGAUCCUGGAUGAGGAGGUGUAUGAGGGAGACGUCCAGCAGCUGCUGUUGGUGGAAGACGCUCGAGCUGCGUACGAUUAUUGUGAACAUUUCAGUCCUGAGUGUGGAACGCCUCAUCAGGAAACACCACAGGCUCAGGAACCCGAGGAGGAAUACAACACCGAGUACACAGAUUAUUACGACUACACAGAGGGAGAGGUCACACCCACGGAGGGUCCUGUAGUGGAGACUAUAAUGGGGGAAGAAAUCGACACCAAGCCCAGACCAGGGGACGAGGUGUACUUCACCGAGACGGAGAUGGAUUACGGCACCGUGGACGGAUCCGAACCCCAAAGCACCACGUCAUCACCGGUCAAAGCCGAGGAAGUGCUGUACGGGGAGGAGAUUGUGGACGAUUACAUCACCGGGGAGGAGCAGGUGGGCGUGGACUCGCCUCCCAUACCUGUGGAAGCUAAGACCCUAGAGGUGGUGGAGGGCGAAGAGGAGCCGCCCAGGGAGUACGACAUGAGCGAGUUUGAGACGAAGGAACUCGACCCCAGUCACUAUGACGACGGUUUCUAUGACUACGGGACGAUGACCCCGGGGCCUGACCCCACCCAGGAGGAGCACGAGGUGGAGAUGCCGGCAGAGACCGGCCAGUCGGAGAGUAGGACUGCUGGUGGUUACGGAGGUGAGAAGGGACAGAAAGGAGAGCCCGCGGUCAUUGAGCCGGGAAUGAUAAUAGAGGGACCACAAGGACCACCAGGACCUGUGGGUAUUACAGGCUCCCCGGGUGCGCAGGGUUCUCCUGGUCUCCGUGGUGAUUCUGGUGAUAAAGGUCCUCCUGGUCGUCCUGGUAUCCCCGGUGCUGAUGGAGCUCCUGGACCCUCAGGAACCGUCCUCAUGCUGCCGUUCCGUGCAGGAGGUGAGGCGUCUAAAGGUCCUGUAGUGACGGCGCAGGAAGCUCAGGCUCAGGCCAUCCUGGCUCAGGCUCGGCUGUCCAUGAGGGGUCCGCCUGGGCCUGUGGGAUUAGCUGGCAGAGGUGGAGCUAUGGGUAGUCCUGGAGCACCUGGUCUGAAAGGAGAUAGUGGAGACGCUGGUCCACCUGGUCCGAGAGGACUGCAGGGUCCCACGGGGUCUCCGGGGAAACCAGGGAAGAGGGGUCGCUCGGGAUCUGACGGAGCGAGAGGAAUGCCGGGAGAAACGGGAGGAAAGGGAGAUCGAGGCUUCGAUGGACUUCCAGGUUUACCCGGAGAGAAAGGUCACAGGGGUGAGCACGGCCCGAUCGGACCCCCAGGACCUCCUGGAGAUGACGGGCCAAGGGGUGAGGAUGGACAGAUCGGACAGAGAGGACUGCAGGGAGAAGGUGGUCCCAGGGGGUUACAGGGACCACGAGGAUCUCCAGGAGCUAACGGUCAACGUGGUCUCCCGGGACUGGACGGGCCUCCUGGUCCUAAGGGGAACAUGGGACCUCCAGGAGAAGGGGGACCACCCGGCCAGCAGGGACUCCCCGGUGCACAGGGUUUAAUCGGACCUCAGGGCCCAAUCGGACCUCCUGGAGAUAAAGGUCCUUCUGGGAAACCAGGACUGCAGGGUUUAGGUGGAGCUGAUGGUCCUCCUGGUCAUCCUGGGAAAGAGGGACCGCCUGGAGAGAAAGGAUCUGUUGGUCACCCGGGACCUCAGGGCUCGAUCGGCUACCCGGGACCGCGAGGAGUCAAAGGAGCUGAAGGAGUCCGUGGGUUAAAAGGCGGUAAAGGAGAAAAGGGUGAAGACGGGUUCCCAGGGUUUAAAGGCGAUAUGGGACUCAAAGGGGACAAGGGAGAGCCUGGAGUGCUCGGGCCGAGAGGAGAGGACGGGCCGGAGGGACCGAAAGGGAAAUCUGGACCAACUGGAGAAUCUGGACCCAUGGGACUGGCUGGAGAAAAGGGUAAACUGGGAGUUCCUGGAUUACCCGGAUAUCCUGGACGACAGGGACCAAAGGGUUCUACUGGUUUCGCUGGUUCUACAGGAGCCAAUGGAGAGAAAGGAACGAGGGGACUCGCGGGUAAAUCCGGGCCGAGAGGACAGCGCGGGCCGACGGGUGCUCGUGGGAGCCGCGGAGCGAGAGGACCGACAGGAAAACCCGGAGCGAAGGGAACGUCGGGACACGACGGUGCUGCAGGAGGACCGGGAGAAAGAGGCUCUCAAGGACCGCAGGGGCCCGUUGGUCUUCCGGGGCCUAAAGGUCCUCCUGGACCCCCUGGUAAAGACGGACUGCCAGGACACCCGGGACAGCGAGGAGAAACCGGUUUCCAAGGGAAGACGGGACCUCCUGGUCCAGGAGGAGUCGUUGGUCCACAGGGCCCUACAGGAGAAACUGGACCUGUUGGAGAGAGAGGACACCCUGGAUCCCCAGGACCCCCUGGAGAGCAAGGUCUUCCUGGAGCUGCGGGUAAAGAGGGUGGAAAGGGUGACCCGGGCCCUCAGGGUCUUCCUGGAAAGCCUGGUCCUCCCGGUAUCCGAGGUUUCCCAGGACAGAGAGGUCUCCCUGGAACAUCUGGUCCAGGAGGUCUGAAAGGUGGAGAAGGUCCUCCAGGUCCACCAGGUCCCAACGGAUCUCCAGGUGAGAGAGGAGGUGCUGGACCCGGAGGUCCGAUCGGAGUACCAGGUCGAAACGGUCCUCAGGGACUCCCGGGACCUGCUGGAGAGAAGGGCGGUCCGGGUGAGAAAGGACCCACGGGUCCCGCCGGUCGUGAUGGGAUUCAGGGUCCGGUCGGACUCCCGGGAGCUGCAGGACCUCAGGGGCCACCUGGAGAGGAUGGCGAUAAGGGUGAAGUGGGAGAACCGGGACAGAAGGGAGGCAAAGGCGACAAGGGUGAAACAGGUCCUCCUGGUCCCGUUGGUCUUCAAGGUCCAGUUGGCAAUCCAGGUCCUGCUGGCACUGAUGGUGAAGCUGGUCCAAGAGGUCAGCAGGGAAUGUUUGGCCAAAAAGGAGAUGAAGGACCUCGAGGAUUCCCUGGACUGCCAGGCCCCGUUGGCCUGCAGGGAUUACCAGGACCCCCGGGUGAGAAGGGAGAGACCGGUGACGUCGGGGCGAUGGGCCCUCCCGGUCCUCCGGGGCCCCGGGGUCCUCAGGGUUCCAGUGGAGCUGAUGGUGCUCAGGGGCCUCCUGGUGGUAUCGGCUCUAUGGGAGGAAACGGAGAAAAGGGUGAACCGGGGGAUGCAGGAAACCCAGGAGCUCCUGGAGAGACUGGUUCAAUGGGUCCUAAAGGAGAAGUUGGUGAGAAAGGAGAGACGGGACCACCUGGAGCUGCAGGACCCGCAGGAGCACGAGGACCCCCUGGAGAUGACGGUCCUAAGGGAAACCCAGGACCUGCUGGCUUUCCUGGAGACCCUGGUCCUCCUGGUGAGCCCGGCAUCGCUGGACUCGAUGGUCUUCCUGGAGACAAGGGAGAUAACGGAGAAGCUGGUCAGCCUGGACCCGCGGGACCAUCAGGUGAAGCCGGACCUCCUGGACCUCCAGGAAAGAGAGGCUCGAUCGGACGGACAGGAACCGAAGGCAAGCAGGGAGAAAAGGGCUCUAAGGGUGAAACUGGAGCUGAAGGACCAGCCGGCAAAACCGGGCCUGUUGGACCUCAAGGGCCCCCUGGAAAGGCCGGUGCUGAUGGUCUGAGAGGAAUUCCUGGACCCGUGGGUGAACAGGGAUCUCCUGGAGUCGGGGGUAAAGACGGGCCGCCGGGUCCAUUGGGGCCUCCUGGACUUCCUGGACUGAAAGGUGACCCUGGGUUUAAAGGUGAAAAGGGACAUCCUGGUCUGAUUGGUCUGAUUGGGCCUUCGGGUGAAGCAGGUGAAAAAGGAGACAGAGGUUUACCUGGAGCUCAGGGAACAACUGGAGGAAAAGGUGAUCCUGGUGCUGUUGGUACUUCUGGUCCUGUUGGUCCUCCUGGUUCUCCUGGUAUUCCUGGAGCACAAGGACAAAAAGGAUCCAAGGGAGCGUCUGGUCCAGCGGGUCAGAAGGGAGAACCCGGGUUGAUCGGUCCUCCUGGUGCGCCUGGUCCUCCGGGUGACAUGGUCCAGCCGCUGCCCAUGCAGAUGUCCAAGAAGGCGAAGCGUUCUGCAGACGUCCAGGCCGACGACGCCAUAAUGGAUUACGGUUUUGAGGAAACAGAGGGGAUGGAUGAAGUCUACGGCUCGCUCAAUAACCUGAAGCUGGACAUCGAGCGCAUGAAGUUCCCCCUGGGGACGCAGGACAAUCCGGCUCGGACCUGUAAAGACCUGCAGCUCAGCCAGCCCGACUUCCCCAACGGUGAUUACUGGAUCGACCCUAACAUGGGCUGUAAAGGAGACGCCUUUAAGGUUUACUGUAACUUCACCGCGUCAGGAGAGACGUGUAUCUAUCCUGAUAAGAAGUCCUCAGGGGUCCGGAUAUCCAACUGGCCAAAAGAGUCUCCUGGAACCUGGUUUAGCGAAUUCAAGCGCGGGAAAAUCCUGUCGUACGUGGAUGUGGAGGAGAACUCCAUCAGCGGCGUCCAGAUGACGUUCCUCAAAUUGCUGAGUUCCGCGGCGAGACAGAACUUCACCUACAUCUGCCACCAAUCCGUGGCCUGGUUCGACGCUAAGGCCGACAACUACGACAAAGCGCUGCGCUUCCUCGGCUCUAACGACGAAGAAAUGUCUCACGAUAACAACCCCUUCAUCAAGGCCGUGUACGACGCCUGCGCGCAAAAGCAGGGCUACGCCAGGACCGUGUUGGAGAUCAACACCCCGCGCAUCGACCAGCUGCCCGUCAUCGACGUGAUGCUGAACGACUUCGGCGACUCCAACCAGAGGUUCGGCUUCGAGGUCGGCCCUGUCUGCUUCCUCGGGUAACAGCCGUCCUCCAGAUGGGUCGUGCUGGGACGCUUCGAGACGUGUGGACAGCUUCAACAAACACACACACACACACACAUACACACACGCUGGCCAAUACAGACAGAGUUAUCAUCAUGGGGAUGUCGAUCGCCCUUGUGGGGCCGAGAUGGAGAGACUGAGACCAGCGACCUGAGGACCAACAUGAAGAAAAGACAUGAACUGGUGAAUAACGGUGCACUUUCAGACUAAACAAAAAAAAAAAGAAAAAGAUUUUCCUGUGUUCAACAAAUCCACUUCUUUGCCCCAGUUUUAAUCCCAGUAUAAAAUUAGCUUCUAAUCGACAUUAUUUUUGUAUUGAUUUCCCAACAAUCCACUAAUUUUAAUCCCAUUAUUUUAUCCCAACUCCCGAACUGGAAUUUAUUCCCAACACCACUGACCUUUAUUGCUUUUUCUUUCCUCCAGGUCUUUUAAUCCACUCUUCAUAUAUAAAGGGAAAAAAAUAAAUAUUAUGGUGCUAUGGAAAGUGCGUUUUAAAAAAAAAAUCUUUGUGUAAUUAUAAUUUUGUACAAUAAUGUCUUUUUGAAUCCGCUUCCCUGCAGGAUCGUGCAUGUCUUUAAUUAGAUCAUUCUACAGAGAUUUCUUUAGAUAUCUGUUUUUUUUUAUUUCACUUUAAAGCCGUUGUCCUGGUGAUCAGCAUUAAAGCAGCCCUACUGUAAAUAUAGACCACUUUCAGACAAACAGGAGACAACGUGGAUUGUGAAGGAGUCCUUUUAGGAUUCCAUGUCUGUGUAUUCGAACCCACUGAUGUGGUUAUUUUGUGAGUGGUAGCGUUAGUGCUGUGGUAAUCAGACGUCCGAUGAAGCCAGAGAGUUUAUACGGACGAACACUCUUCUUUUAUUUUAUACCUCAACUCUAAGUGGAAGGGAAACAUGUUAAACAGCUCUUCAGUUACACCUUUUGCUCUCUGUACUUCUUUCCUCGAGUUUCUGUUUAAACUGAAACUGCAUUCCUGCGCUCGGUAUUUAAGCUUCUGUGGUACGACGUGGUUUUGUCUGAUUUGCUUUUCUGUCUUUGUCUGAAUAUUGUUUGCAGAUCUGUUCAUGUCCUCGGUUCCCUCCAAAUACAUGACUAUAGGCAUUUAAAAUUGACACAUUUGUGUACUUUUUUUCUUCUAUAAUUUAUGUAAAACUUGGAAUAAAUGAUUGGUACGA